AUGUCAACCGAGAAAAGUCUUGCUACUACCUCGAAAAACGUCGGAAACUCCAAGCCAAACAUAGAUGAUGAAUUUUUUACAAAGUCUUCUUCACCUAGGAAAACUCAUCCCAAAUAUGUGGCGAUUCUUCUGACCGGUUCAGAAAAUGAAGGAGAGGUCCAGUCGGUUCGGCCGGGGAGCAUAAUAAGAUUAUGCCUGCAGAGGAAAGAGUAUCCUGCUUCUCCCAUCGACUUCAAGAUCUGUCAGAGUCCGUUGCGUUCUUUUGAGAAGUGGAUGAAAUUUAUGAUAAGUCAAGAUGGUGUGAGGGCCAAUUUGACCAAAGCGCAAAUCAUUGGAGCUGUCACGGCUUCUGCAACACUUCAAUUUAGGAAUGACACCCCGGGCUUGAUCACAUUUGUCUCCAGAUGGUGCCCAGAUACUCAUACCGCCAUAUGCAGAUGGGGUGAAAUGACCAUCUCUUUAGAGAGUGUAGCUGUCUUGCUGAACCUUCCCAUAACAGGGAAUCUUGACAUCACAUUAUCCGACGAUGAAGAAGAAAUAUAUGCCACUCUUUUAAAGAAGUCAGAAGGAUUCGUUCGGAAGGAUUACGAGACGAAAUGCUUCUAUAGAUGGUGGGUGUCUGAGUGGUUCCCUGAUGAGCCGGAUUCCGACCUAGCUUUAGACGACACUCUUCAUGUUGCUGCAUUUUUAGCACUGUGGCUGUCCAGAUAUAUUUUUGAUGACGACUCUGGUAAAAAGGAGAUAAGGCGAGGGCUUGUUAAAUUUGUCAUCAAACUGGCGAAAGGCGUCGUUCUUCGUAUUGGCGGCUUGUUUCUUGGUUCUUUGUAUACCCAUUUGGAUCAUUUGGUCGUGGAUAUGUAUGCUUAG